CCAUCGAUAACCCGAGAAAAAACCUUGACAGAUGGCACGGCACAUUUGAGAAACAAAUUUAUUUAUUUUUUUCUUAAUUAUGUUGUCGAGUAAAAUUUGGAAUGCUGGGCUUCGCUCGCCGAUGAACCAGUUGAUAAACUCUUUUCGCUCAGUACAUCUACAGGCGAACAGUUCUGUAAGUGAAGCAAAUAAGACUCAAACUGCACUGCAAACCAACGAAAGUGUCUUCGAAAAGGUAAACAACCAAAUAGCCCAACAGAACGAAGGUCGCCUGUUUGCCGUUGUGCAUUUAGCUGGUAAACAGUUCAAAAUCACAACCGGUGACAUUAUCUUGGUGGAGGGUUACUGGCCGCCAAACAUCGGUGACAAAAUUCGUUUGGACAAGGUACUCGUAGCCGGUGGAAAUGACUUUUCCUUAAUUGGACGACCACUUGUGCAACCGGGAUUGGUGGAUGUGCAGGCAACAGUAAUCGAAAAGACUUUGACACACACAAAAGUACAUUUCAAAAAGAAGCGAAGGAAGCAGUAUGUUCGAUUCAAUUUCCAGCGACAACAAAAUACCAUGAUGAUGAUCAAUUCGAUAAAUAUCACCGGACGUGUGAAUGAAAAUGUCCGGAAUGAGAAUCCAAAUCGAAUAUUUUAAGAGAUGGCGGUGGGUAGUAGAGCAUCGUUAGAUGUUAACCAGUACCAAGGAUGAAUAAAGCCGAUAUUAAGUGAAG